CGCAGUGCGGAUAAACAGGAAGCGGGCGGUAGCGGCAGAGGUGAUCUAGGGGCUCCGGGGAGUAGCGGCGGAAGGAGGAAGGGUAGUAGAAGGGCGGCGGCAGCAGCAGAAGCGGCGGGUGACCGGGAGAGAGAAGAAAAGGGAAAGAACUUAGCCUUCUACUUUUGGGGAACAAAAAAAUUAACCUGCCUCCCUAUUUCGGCUCUGGUUGCCCGGAUCCGGCUCAGGCGGCGGCUGACAAAGGGCUCGCGCCGGUCACCGCCGCCUUCCCAUCCGGGCAUUCGGGCCCCUGUGGAGAGGUGGCGAGGGAGGAAGAGGGGGAGGGGAAAGGAAGGCUUAGCGGGCGCGGCGCUCGCGCUCUCUGCCCCGAGGUCCAAUCCGAGUCUCUGGGCCGAUUGACCGACCGGGAGGACGGACGGAGGCCGGGAAGGGCCCGCAGUGACUGCGGGGGUGGCGGCAGCCGGGGCCAGGAGGAUGGUGCAGAAAGAGAGCCAGGCGGCGCUGGAGGAGCGGGAGAGCGAGCUCACCCCCCACCCCGCUACCGCGGCUGCCACCGCCGGAGGCCCGCUGGAGCCGGCUGCAGCCCCAUCCCCCGGGGAGGGGAGCCAGGCAGGGGCAGGAGGCGGCACUGCGGCCUCAGCCGCGGCAUCGGGCGGAGCGCGGAGGUUCCUUUGUGGUGUGGUGGAAGGAUUUUAUGGAAGACCUUGGGUUAUGGAACAGAGAAAAGAACUCUUCAGAAGGCUACAGAAAUGGGAAUUAAAUACAUAUUUAUAUGCACCAAAAGAUGACUACAAGCACAGGAUGUUUUGGAGAGAGAUGUACUCAGUGGAAGAAGCUGAACAACUUAUGACACUCAUUUCUGCUGCACAAGAAUAUGAGAUAGAAUUCAUCUAUGCCAUCUCACCUGGACUGGACAUAACCUUUUCUAAUCCUAAAGAAGUGUCCACAUUGAAAAGAAAACUGGAUCAGGUUUCCCAGUUUGGUUGCAGAUCUUUUGCCUUGCUUUUUGAUGAUAUUGAUCACAACAUGUGUGCAGCAGACAAAGAAGUGUUCAGUUCCUUUGCACAUGCCCAAGUCUCUAUAACAAAUGAAAUUUAUCAGUAUUUAGGAGAGCCAGAAACCUUUCUUUUCUGUCCCACAGAAUACUGUGGAACCUUUUGCUAUCCAAAUGUUUCUCAGUCUCCUUAUUUAAGGACUGUGGGUGAAAAGCUGUUACCUGGUAUUGAUGUGUUAUGGACAGGUCCGAAAGUUGUUUCUAAAGACAUUCCAGUAGAGUCUAUUGAAGAGGUUUCCAAGAUUAUUAAAAGAGCUCCAGUUAUUUGGGAUAACAUUCAUGCUAAUGAUUAUGACCAGAAGAGACUAUUUCUUGGCCCUUACAAAGGACGAUCAACAGAGCUCAUUCCACGACUAAAAGGAGUCCUGACUAAUCCAAACUGUGAAUUUGAAGCUAAUUAUGUUGCCAUUCACACUCUGGCGACCUGGUACAAAUCAAAUAUGAAUGGAGUGAGGAAAGAUGUAGUAAUGACUGACAGUGAAGACAGUACAGUAUCUAUUCAGAUUAAAUUAGAAAAUGAAGGUAGUGAUGAAGAUAUUGAAACUGAUGUGUUAUAUAGUCCUCAGAUGGCCUUAAAGUUGGCUUUAACAGAAUGGCUGCAGGAGUUUGGUGUACCUCAUCAAUAUAGCAGUAGACAAGUGGCACACAGUGGAGCAAAAGCAAGUGUAGUUGAUGGGGCCCCUCUGGUGGCAGCACCUUCUCUGAGUGCCACCACUGUAGUGACAACUGUUUACCAGGAGCCCAUCAUGAGCCAGGGAACAACUCUGAGCAGUGAGCCUCCGCCCCUUGUCAAGGAAGAAGAAAAGAAACAGCUUGAUGAGGAACCCAUGGAUAUGGUGGUAGAGAAGCAAGAGGAGACAGACAAGAAUGAUAAUCAGAUACUGACAGAAAUUGUUGAAGCUAAAAUGUCAGAAGAGUUGAAACCAAUGGAUACUGAUAAAGAAAUUAUAGCUGAAUCAAAGUCCCCAGAGAUGUCAAUGCAGGAAGAUUGCAUCAGUGACAUUGCCCCAAUGCAGACUGAUGAGCAGACAAGCAAGGAGCAGUUUGUACCAGGUCCAAAUGAGAAACCUUUGUAUACAGCAGAACCAGUGACUUUGGAGGAUUUACAGUUACUUGCUGAUCUUUUCUAUCUUCCAUAUGAGCAUGGUCCCAAAGGGGCACAGAUGUUAAGAGAAUUCCAGUGGCUUCGAGCAAACAGCAGUGUUGUCAGUGUUAAUUGCAAAGGAAAAGACUCUGAAAAGAUUGAAGAAUGGCGGUCUAGAGCAGCCAAGUUUGAAGAGAUGUGCGCACUGGUGAUGGGGAUGUUCACACGGCUCUCCAAUUGUGCCAACAGGACAAUCCUUUAUGACAUGUACUCCUAUGUUUGGGAUAUCAAGAGUAUAAUGUCUAUGGUGAAGUCUUUUGUGCAAUGGUUAGGGUGUCGUAGUCAAUCUUCAGCACAGUUCUUAAUUGGAGACCAAGAACCCUGGGCCUUUAGAGGUGGUCUAGCAGGAGAGUUCCAGCGAUUGUUGCCUAUUGAUGGGGCAAAUGACCUCUUUUUUCAACCACCUCCACUGACUCCUACCUCCAAAGUUUAUACUAUCAGGCCAUACUUUCCUAAAGAUGAGGCAUCUGUGUACAAGAUUUGCAGAGAAAUGUAUGACGAUGGAGUUGGUUUACCUUUUCAAAGUCAGCCAGACCUUAUUGGAGAUAAGUUAGUGGGAGGCCUGCUUUCCCUCAGUUUAGAUUACUGUUUUGUGCUAGAAGAUGAAGAUGGCAUUUGUGGCUAUGCCCUGGGCACUGUGGAUGUAACCCCUUUCAUUAAAAAAUGUAAAAUUUCCUGGAUUCCUUUCAUGCAAGAAAAGUACACUAAGCCAAAUGGUGACAAAGAGCUCUCAGAGGCUGAGAAAAUAAUGUUGAGUUUCCAUGAAGAGCAGGAAGUAUUGCCAGAAACUUUCCUUGCCAACUUCCCAUCUCUGAUAAAGAUGGACAUUCACAAAAAAGUAACUGAUCCAAGUGUGGCCAAAAGCAUGAUGGCAUGCUUGCUGUCUUCUCUCAAAGCUAAUGGCUCCCGUGGGGCUUUCUGUGAAGUAAGACCAGAUGAUAAGAGGAUCCUGGAAUUCUACAGCAAGUUAGGUUGUUUUGAAAUAGCAAAAAUGGAGGGAUUUCCAAAGGAUGUGGUUAUCCUUGGCAGGAGCCUGUGACAUUCAUUGACAUUGUGACCUGUCUUAAUGUCUUGACAACUCCCAAGUGGGUGGGUGGUGGUUGGGGUCUCCAUGUGGUGCAGCCUCAGGAGAGGAAGAAGUCAGCCAAAGGGACUGGGGCGAGGAGGACUAUGUGAAGCCUUACUCAUCACACAUUCAGACUACCUGCUGUUCAGAAGAGACUACUGCUGUUUAAAUUCUGUUUAAAUAAGAAUUAUGGUCCUCCCUUUCAGGUCUUGUGUCACGUGCCAAGACAUCUUUCUUGCAUCUUUAGGGAAAGGGGUCCUGUCAUUAAAGAAGCAGGCAGUAGUUCUCUAUAUCCGUAUGGUUGCAUUUCUCACCCGGAAUAUCCAGCUGAAAUCACCUCCUCCUUCAUCCUCAUUAAUUUGUUGAAUGAUGGGUCCCUUUCCUUUUUGGGUGACAUGACAAAAGACAAAACGGUUUCCUUGGAAUUCUGAUACUACAGAAUGGAGAAUCCUAGGUGGGAUAGUUGUCAAUUAGCAACAGAAAAUAAGUAGUGACACGUCUGAUUUGGGCAAUCUUUUUUGCUUGUUCACAAAACUAUGGCCAAUGUCAGUGGGAUGACCAUUGGUUCAGGUGUGUUGUGCUUUGUAGGGACAAAUGUGCAGUUGUAUGUGACAAAAGUCACAAAAUACAUACUUGUAUAUUUCUUUGUAUAUAAACUAGCUGUAUGCUUAUUAACUCUUGUGUUUACUGUUUUUGUAACUUUUCUUUUGAAAUGGAACGGUAUUGAUCCAUGAUGGUACUUUUUGAAUAAUGUAAAACCAUAUUGGAGGAUGGAGUUAACUUUUCUUUGUCCUUGACUUUCUUUUUUAAAAUUAUUUUUAAAGUGCCUCCCACCCAGGGCUAGACCGUAACCAUUUUGUGUAUGAAGUCCUGAAUUUGGUAAGUGAGGCUGAUCUGUUACCAGGUUAAUGCUAUCACUAUUGCCCUAGAAAUCAACCCCAGUAGGUUUAGCAUGUCAAUGUAAGUGAUCCCUGACACCUGUUAGGGAACAGGAGCAGGUAGGGCAUAGGGAGAUGAUCAGGAUUUGCCCUUAGUUCAGUUGUCCUUUAAUUUCAGGACCUGUUCAUACUGGUUUGAUUAAAUCAGAGUCUUUAAUUCCUGCAUGUUCUUGUUUUUAAAAGAAACACCAGGAUGAGCACAUACUAACCAAUGAUUUCAGUGAUUACCUACUUUUUUGAUGUAACCACAGAUUCUGAAAGCUUCAUGAAUCUCAGAUUUAAUGUAUUGCCUCUUUUUUAGGGGUCUGAGAUUGAUGCUAGCAAGUAAAUUCUCUGCAAAAGUAUAGCUUUUCCAUCACUUCAGGGAGAGUUCCAGACAUAGAACUCACCUACAAUCAUUUUGGUACCUUAUUCCAGCCUUGUGGGGGAGGAAGAGGGAAAAGUAUAAAGCUAGUUUUCUUUAAGUAACUCCGUCUUGGAGCCUGCUGGGCUUUAAGUUAACUGGCAUCUUGUGGAGAGAAGGCCCUUUAUCCCUAGGUAUCCAGGGAUAACCUUACCCCACCCAGUGGUAGUAAGGCCGUCUCAUUUUCAGAGUAGAAGUGUUUUCUUUAAUAGGAGAAUCUGGCCUGUUUAAUAUCUAGAAGCAAAUUUGCAUCUUCAUUUUUGAAGUGGGUCAGAGAAGUCCAACUAUAGCUUUAUGGAAAGAAAAGUUUAAUGUCACUGGUUUUUGAGUGAUCUCCUAGAGUGGCAUAUAGCUAUCUUGUUUUCUCUGAAGGAACAAUUAUUCGUGAGCUCCAGACCCAACUUUGAAUUUAAUCAGGAUUCCUAGCAUUAUGGCCUAGUUUGCUUAUGGCCUUAUAGCCUGGCUUUAUAAGUUGCUGAUAUCUCUUUCUCUGUCCUUAUUAAUUCAUGUAUAAAUGCUAACUGUAUGGAACAGAUGUCCAGGCCAAACACCAUCACUCUAGGAUUGUAAAGUCAUAUGUUAACACAUCUUUCAUGGUUAUGAACUUUCAUUAAGGUUGGAAUGCCACUUUCAUUAAUCUGUUUAGAGCAUCUGAGUUACUUGUAGAAAAUGAACUAUAAACUGUAUUUGAAGACCAUGCAAGAAGCAAAAUAAAACUUGAAGUGACU